ACAUGUCUACUGUAACUGCACCUGUGAUUGCAUGGAUAACCCUUCUCUGUUUGGCAGACUGUAGCCUCAUAUCGCAUCAGCUGGAUGAUGCGGCACCUACUGAAGUGGAAUUUCAUUCUCUGGACUUCAAAAAUGUCUUAUACUGGAAACAGCCACAUGCGGUUGUACACAACCUGAAAUACUUUGUUCAGCAUAAAGUAUAUGGAGAUAAGGAGUGGACAAAUACUGAACGUUGCCAAGGCAUCAAGUUGCUUCAUUGUGACCUGAGUCAAGAAACAUCAGAUCCUAGAGAAUGGUACUACGCAAGAGUCCAAUCUCUGUCUGCUGAGGGUCACUCAUCAUGGGUCAUCAGCUCCAGGUUUCAUCCUCACUGGGAUACCAGUUUUAGCCCACCGAAGAUCCAGCCCAGUGUGACAGGACAGACCAUUAAGGUUCGGAUCAGACCUCCGAGGACACCGCUGGAAGGACCAAAGGGCACUAAACUACGAGUGACCAAACUGCAGAAGCUGCUAUUUAGGAUAUACCUAAUGCACAAUGGUGUAGAAGAGGAAGUCCUUGAAACAGACAGUUGCUCCAAAGAGCUUGUGAUGCCGAGGCUACGUCCAAAAACAACCUACUGCCUACAGGCUAUGACUUUAAGCCCUCACACAGGCCGCAGAAGUGCACGGAGCUCAAGCACCUGCAUCAGCACACAUUGACAUUUCGGCGUCUCAUACAGAGUGUCGCUGCUUCUGGACCUUUGUUAAACUUGAAAUAUUUACACACGCACACUACAUUGUGGAUUGUCUGCAGAUUCUUACAAAGGUCGCAUUUACUACAAGAUCGAGGCUUGGUGUUUACUAAUUUAUUUUAAAGCUUAAGUGUGUAUUUUUUGCCACAUUAGUGUCACCAAAGGGAAUUUUAACAAUGUUUUUGUCUUCCAUUUUUAUGGGGAUACUCAACGAAAACAGGAAUGUGAAAGGAAGCACAGAGUCAGUGUUUUCACUUAUGGGCAAACUCAAUUAUUUAUUGCUUAAUACUCUUGCUGUACUAUGAGAAGGUAUUUUAAUAAAAACAACACAUUUCAUGUUUAAGGCUAAUGACUGAAAACAAAUGUAAUUUAAUAAACAGAUUUAAGGCUGAUAAUUAAACAUG